AUGAUCGUCUAUAGUCAUAACCAUUAAACUAGACAUUCGAGCAAAAGCCAAAAAAGUGUCACAAAUCAAAUUAAAUCAACUGGUUAAGAUCUAAUUGAAAUUGAUAAAUAAAGCCAAAUGCUUUUUUGGAAUAAUAAAUAAAUAUUAAUUAGUAUCUGGAGCUACAAGUUAACACAUAACAAAAAUAAUUGCUAAAAUAAUAGAAAGUAAUUUGUAUUAUUAAUCUUAAAAAAGAUUAUAGAGCAAUCAAGUCAAAUAUUUCAUGUUUUAGAAUAAUUAAAUGUUUAUAAAGAUAUAGUAGAAUAAUUAAAAUUCAGACUAAGAGACAUUUUUAAGGAAAAUGAAGAUUUAAUUCAACUUAAUUAAAAAUAACAACAAAAAAUAUAUUAUUUAGAGGAUAUUAAUUUAUGUAAAGAUUAAUUAGUAAGUUAAAGAUAUAAUGUCACUAGAUGUUUCAAGAAAGAUGAAAAAAUUAAUCGAAGAAAACGCUAUUCUUAAACAAAACAAUAAAUAAAUGGAGGACGAACUAAAUGA